UUUCACAGUUUUACAUAUUAUAAUUUUACUUUUGGAAGAAACAUUAAAACAAUCAAGAAAACAACUGCAGUGUUGUGUACUGAAUAAAAUAAACGUAUUUGAUAUUAUCAAAAGUAAACAGCAGACGAUUUGUGCAUAGUUGCGUUUAUCCCAUAUUGUGAAAUUUUUUUCGCGAAUUUUGUUGCACAAAAAUCGAAAUACUCGAAGUUGUUAAGAUGGCCACGGAAUUACCGAAGCUUUCGCGUUCAAUGCGUGCCAAUACAGAUUUGGAUACCACUCGGGUACUUUCGAACCGGCCGGAAGAUUUUCCGUCUCUUCAAAUGUUCCGUAAUAAACAGGCUCUAAGUGGAAUUUCCUGGAAGGAACUAAAACUUUUCAUCAAUCAGCACGUUGAAACAAAAGAAGCUUCGCACCUAACUAUUCAGUUGCGUGAACUGUGGAACUACUGUCGAGAAAUGUUGGGCAGCGAGGAAAACUCGGUUCUCAUUGAUGAAGCAGCAAUAUUUAUUUUGCGACUCUUUUUGGACCAGAAAAUUGUUAUGCUAAAGCACACCUCGCGAAUUAAAAAAAUGUUCGGUCAAGUUCCAAACGCUUUGAUAAACAAAAUGUGCUUACUUGUCAGUGACGUGAGCAAUCAUCUAAAUGAAGACUGCAGGAAAUAUCUCGAGGAGACUGAACAAACCGAGGAAAGUAGUACAAAGCAAAUAUGGGGAUCACAUAUCAAGUGCAACCUGCCGGAAGGGUCGACCUCCGAUUAUAGCUUAUUGGCGGACCUUUCACCUGCUCAACCGGCCGAAACCAAGUCAGCCGCAAAGUUUUCUAUGAAAUAUGAUAGCCAAAAACAUCGGCAAGCACCGAAAUCACAUCAACCAAGCGCCUCUGGUUCAUCAGAGGAAAAAUACACUCGUUCAUGGCUUGCGAAACAAAUGCUUCCUGACCUAAUAGACAAUCUGGUUGAAAUUCUCAAAUCAGGGAAAACGAAUGACGAACUGCAAAACGAGUUGGUAGAUUAUCUCGGGUUUGAAAAAUUUGAGCUGAUUGAGGAAAUAUUACAGAACCGCAAGCACAUUAUAGAACGCGUGAAAGCAAUUGCACAAAUAAACGUGUUUAAGGAGAAAGCCGUUAAAAAGUUAGAAGCUAUGCAACACGCCCCUGCCUAUUUAAUGCCUGUAAUGAUACAAUCAGAAUCAGAGAAACAGCUUCGAAAGCAGGUAAAUAAGGAAGAAAAAAAGCUAAAGAAGUUCCUUAAUUCUGUGGGCGGCGCCGCCGACGAAGAUGACGAAGAACUCGAUCCAUUGAAAAUGCGACUCAACUAUCAGCAGAGUUUGCUGAUAGCAGCCCAAAUGACACCUCUACUUCAGGACGAUAGGCCACCCAGAACGAUGGCCCCCAAACCACCCAAACAGGUUAAGUAUCCUAACGUGUUCGAUUCGUACAGUGAUGCCAAGUCGCAUGUCGGAUUUAUUGCCGGAGGCAAACUAUUACUGCCAGAUAAUGUUGAACGAAACGACAAUAAAAUGUACGAAGAAGUUAAAAUUCCUGCAACCGACCCGCCACCGCUUUCCAUUGGGAACAAUCGAAUUCAAAUUGAUUCGUUAGAUGAAAUAGGUCAAAUUGCAUUCAAAGGCUGUAAGGAACUAAAUAGAAUACAGAGCAUCGUUUACCCGGCAGCCUAUCACAGCAAUGAAAAUUUGCUAGUUUGCGCCCCAACGGGUGCUGGUAAAACAAAUGUUGCUAUGCUGACUAUAGUGAAUACUAUUCGACAGUAUGUUGACCAGGGUGUAAUCCACCGAGAUCAAUUCAAGGUUGUAUACGUUGCUCCAAUGAAAGCACUUGCAGCCGAAAUGACGAGCGGUUUCGGAAAGAAAUUAGCCCCUCUGGGGAUAUCCGUACGGGAAUUGACGGGUGACAUGCAGCUAACAAAAACGGAAAUGCAGCAAACCCAAAUGAUUGUUACUACUCCGGAAAAGUGGGAUGUUGUAACUCGGAAAGGUGCUGGAGAUGUUGCUUUCAUUAGUCUUGUGAAGCUACUCAUUAUUGACGAAGUUCAUCUGCUACAUGGUGAACGAGGUCCGGUGGUUGAAGCGCUGGUCGCUCGAACCCUUCGUUUGGUGGAGUCUUCUCAGAGCAUGAUUCGAAUUGUUGGUCUCUCGGCUACUCUCCCAAACUAUAUCGACGUGGCUCGUUUUUUGCGUGUCAAUCCCAUGAUUGGCUUAUUCUUCUUCGAUUCCCGCUUCCGUCCGGUUCCGCUAAGUACCAACUUUGUUGGAGUUAAAUCACUGAAGGCUUUACAGCAGCUGGCGGAUAUGGAUAUAAUCUGCUAUGAUCGUUGCAUCGAAAUGGUUCGUCAGGGUCACCAGGUAAUGGUGUUUGUGCACGCUCGAAACGCAACAGCCCGAACGGCAAACGUGAUCAAGGAGUUCGCCCAGCAGAAGGGCCACAUUCAGCUGCUGACUCCAGAGAGCAAUCCGGAGUACGGGAACGCUGUUAAGGCGAUAUCCAAGAGUAGAAAUAGACAACUGGUUGAACUGUUUCACAAUGGCCUAGCGAUGCAUCAUGCCGGAAUGUUGCGACAGGACAGAAAUUUGGUCGAGAAAUAUUUUGCCGAUGGCAUCAUUAAGGUGCUGGUAUGUACAGCCACACUGGCCUGGGGAGUCAAUUUGCCGGCGCAUGCUGUCAUCAUCAAGGGGACAGAAAUCUACGAUUCCAAGCACGGUACGUUUGUUGAUCUGGGUAUACUCGAUGUACUCCAAAUUUUUGGCCGCGCUGGAAGACCACAGUUUGAUAAGAGCGGCAUUGGUACGAUUAUUACGACUCACGACAAAUUGAAUCACUAUUUGUCACUUCUGACGAACCAAUUUCCGAUUGAGUCAAACUUCAUCCAGUGUCUGGCGGAUAAUUUAAACGCGGAAAUAACGCUCGGUACGAUCUGCAACAUUGACGAAGCGAUCGAAUGGCUUAGCUACACUUACCUGUUCGUGCGGAUGCGGAAAAAUCCGCAGUGUUAUGGAUUAAAUUAUCAAGAUUUGCAGGAUGAUCCUAUGUUGGAGGUUAAAAGAAGGCAACUGAUAAGCACGGCUGCGAUGGCUUUGGACAAAGCAAGAAUGGUAAGGUAUAACGAGCGGACGGGAGAUUUGAACGUUACAGAUUUGGGAAGGACAGCGUCGCAUUUCUAUAUCAAAUACGACACAGUCGAAGUGUUUAAUGAAAUGUUAAAGCCAAUCAUGAAUGAUGCAGAUAUAAUUGCGAUGAUGUCGAAUGCGCAAGAGUUUGAACAACUUAAAGUUCGCGAUGACGAAAUGGAUGAACUGGACGAUUUGACAAGAGUAUGCUGCGAAGUUCCGGUCCGGGGAGGAAGCGAGAAUAUCCACGGCAAGGUAAAUAUUCUGAUGCAGACGUAUCUGUCGAAGGGAUUCGUAAAGUCAUUUUCGUUAGUUUCGGAUAUGUCCUACAUUACACAAAAUGCAGUUCGAAUUGCUCGGGCUCUUUUCACUAUUGUUUUGCGACAGAAUAAUCCAAUUCUUGCUGGCAGGAUGCUCAAUAUAAGCAAGAUGUUUGAGAAACAAAUGUGGGAAUUUAUGACACCCAUGUACCAAUUCCCGAUAAUACCCUUGGACGUCAUCGAGAAAAUAGAACACCGCGGGCUUAGUGUUCUGGCAUUGAGAGACAUGGAUCUGAAAGAAAUUGGAGAAAUGGUCAGAAACCACAGACACGCUGCAAUAGUAAAACGAUGCGCUGAGGAAUUCCCACUGCUAGAAAUAGACGCAACAUUACAACCUAUUACUCGAACGGUUCUGAGAAUCCGCAUAUUCAUCACACCUUCGUUCAAGUGGAACGAUCGUGUCCACGGAAAAACUGCCGAAUCGUUUUGGAUUUGGAUCGAAGAUCCGGAAAGUAAUUUCAUCUAUCAUUCCGAGUACUUCCAAAUGACAAAAAAGCAGACAAUUCGAGGUGAAGUACAAGAACUGGUUAUGACAAUCCCAUUGAAAGACCCUCUGCCUCCACAGUAUUAUAUUCGAGCUACCAGUGAUUCCUGGCUCGGAAGUUCCAACUUAGUGCCAUUGUCCUUUAAACACCUCAUUCUGCCAGAAGUACACCCACCGCAUACGGAAUUGCUUCCACUUCAACCACUUCCUGUAACCGUUCUCAACAAUCGUAAAUUUGAAUCGCUCUACUCAUUCACGCACUUCAACCCAAUUCAAACACAAAUAUUCCACUGCCUCUACCAUACCGAUAACAACGUUCUGUUAGGUGCUCCUACUGGCUCCGGUAAAACCAUUGCUGCAGAGAUUGCGAUGUUCCGGGUAUUCAAAACUCUUCCGAAAGGAAAAGUUGUCUACAUCGCCCCUCUUAAGGCGCUCGUUAAGGAACGUAUCGACGACUGGAAAGUUCGAUUGGAAAGAAAUCUUGGCAAAAAGGUUGUAGAACUAACCGGUGAUGUAACACCUGAUAUCAAAGCCAUCCGGGAAUCGCACGUAAUAGUAACUACUCCGGAAAAAUGGGACGGUAUCAGUCGAUCCUGGCAAACGCGUGACUAUGUUCGAGAUGUCGCUCUAAUUGUUAUCGACGAGAUUCAUCUGCUUGGUGAGGACCGAGGCCCAGUGUUGGAGGUGAUUGUUUCUCGAACCAACUUCAUUGCUUCGCACACGGAACGUACGCUAAGAAUUGUUGGACUAUCGACUGCUCUGGCCAAUGCUCGCGAUCUCGCAAACUGGUUGGGUAUUGGAAUGAUGGGAUUGUACAAUUUUAAACCUUCCGUUCGGCCAGUACCGCUAUCCGUACACAUCCAAGGUUUCCCCGGAAAACAUUACUGCCCACGAAUGGCUACCAUGAAUCGUCCUGCCUUCCAGGCCAUUCGGCAGUAUUCCCCCUGCACUCCAGCUUUGAUUUUCGUUGCGUCGCGAAAGCAAACUCGUAUCACUGCAUUGGAUUUAAUAGCGUUCUUGGCAGGUGAAGACAACCCGAAACAAUUCUUGCAUAUUCCAGAACAGGAAAUGGAGCAAAUUUUGAUGAAUAUUAAGGAUAACAAUCUCAAAUUGACAUUGGCCUUUGGUAUUGGAAUCCACCAUGCUGGUUUACAAGACCGAGAUCGAAAAACUGCAGAAGAGUUGUUCUUGCAUAGAAAAAUUCAAGUGCUGAUCGCGACUGCUACUUUGGCCUGGGGAGUUAAUCUUCCUGCUCAUUUGGUCAUUAUCAAGGGUACCGAAUAUUUCGAUGGAAAAUUAAAACGGUACGUAGAUAUGCCAAUCACAGACGUGCUACAGAUGAUGGGAAGAGCUGGACGACCACAGUUUGGUAACGAAGGUAUUGCUUGCGUCUUCGUGCAUGACGUAAAGAAAAAUUUCUACAAAAAGUUCCUGUACGAUCCGUUUCCUGUGGAAUCAAGCCUCUUGGCCGUACUGCCAGAUCAUGUUAAUGCGGAAAUUGUUGCGGGAACGGUUCAGACAAAACAAAGCGUUCUAGAUUAUUUAACGUGGACCUAUUUCUUCCGACGAUUGCUGCGAAAUCCGGCGUACUAUGAAUUGGACAACAUCGAGCAGAGUGAAGUGAAUGGCUACCUUUCAACGCUGGUCCAAAAAGUGUUGGAUACCUUGGUGCGAGCUGGCUGUAUUUGGAUAGCGGAAGACGAUCGAGGACUGAUUCCCACUUCAAUGGGAAGAAUAUCUUCGUACUAUUAUUUGUCUCAUCAGAGUAUGCGUCAUUUUGCUGACACCUUAAGGCACGAUAUGGCCUUUGAGGAACUACUACGAGCGAUGGCAGAUGCGUGGGAAUUCGAACAGCAACCAGUUCGACAUCACGAGGAUGUUUAUAAUACGGAUUUAUCAAAACUAUGUCGACUGAAAGUGGAUCCACUGUUAAUGGACAAUCCUCACGUAAAAGUAUUUUUGUUGAUGCAAGCUCACCUUUCUCGUUUGCCUUUGCCAAACUCUGAUUACGGUACAGAUACGAAAUCAGUACUGGAUCAGAGCAUUCGAAUAAUACAGGCUAUGAUCGACAUUUGCGCCGAGCGUGGGUGGCUGGCUAGCACGCUCCGGAUUCAGCAAUUGAUGCAAUGUAUCAUUCAAGGACGAUGGCUCGAUGAUCCAGUGGUUUUAACUCUGCCAUUUGUUGAGCCCCACAACUAUUACGUGUUCAGCCAAGUGAAAUUAGACUGCAAAUUCAUUACACUUCCGAUUUUAAAAGAAAAAUGCAAUCGCAGAUACGAAGUUUUGGCCGGUCCGCUUCGUCAAGAAUUCGAAGAAUCUGAAAUCGAACAAAUUUACAAGGUCGUCUGUAGUCUGCCAUCAAUCAACGUCCAGCUGUCGAUUCGUGGUCCGUACGACACAGACCCGAACGCAGAUCGUUCGGUGAUACAGCCGCAAUCCAGAGAUCACUGGAUGGAGCUAUACGCUGGGCAGGAGUACGCGCUGAACGUACAGCUAAUUCGGCUGGGCAGUUUUGAGACAUUGAACAUCCACUGUCCAAAGUUCCCAAAAGGCAAGGACGAAGGUUGGUUCCUUACUUUGGGCUACCAAGCUGAAGGUGAAUUGAUAGCGAUGAAACGGUGUGUCUACAGAAACGCUAAAAGCUCCCAUCAGCUGUGCUUUGUCGCACCCGGUCGAACAGGUCGUUACAUCUACACAGUCUAUCUUAUGUCCGAUGGCUACAUCGGAUUGGAUCAGCAGUACGAUAUUAAUCUGGAAGUAAUUUCCAGCUCUGUUAUUCUACAGGAACCGCCAGAAAACGGAGAUGGGGUAGACUAUUUUACGCUUCAGAAUGAAAAAUAUUGAACAGCCUUACUGGUUCAAUUUGCUAUUCUAUAAAUUCCACGCUGUGCUUUUCGUGCAUCAAGAAUCGAAACAUUUUUUACUGCGUACGAAAGGUAGGUGCAAAAAUGUGAUUUGUUACUAUAUUGGUAAUAUUUAUUGCAAGUUCUUUUUUGAAGCUGAUCUAUGUUUCGU